AUGGCGGCGGCCGGUGCGGCCGAAGAGGCCGCGGUGUUGGCGGAGGCGAAGGCGCUGAAGGGCGCGCUGCGCCGCCGGCUGGCCGCGCUGGACUCGACGGAAGACACGGACGCUCGCGUCUUGCCGUCUCUCAACGCCGUGGAGCGCUUUUUCGCGUCGAAGAAGUACACCCGCGCGACCUUCGACGCCGUGAAGGCCCAGGUCCAGCUCCUGCUCUCCGGAAAGGCCGGCACGGCGCGCCUCUCCACCACGGGGCCCCGCGGGACCACCAACCGCGCGCCCAUGACGUCCACGACGGGCAAGCGCCCGCAGGCCGUGCGCGCCUUCGUCGGCGCGAACAAGCCCUCGGGCGCCGCGGACCGCGCGAAGGACCUCGCGCAGGUGGCCGCGGCGCGCGCCAAGGCCCUCACGAAGCCGCGGCAAACGCUGCCGAACUACGGCUCGGUGAAGCACGGCGACGGCGCCGCGCCCCCGGCCAAGGGCCGCGCGUACGUUCCGCCGCCGCACCUCCUCCGGGAGCACCAGGACCGGCUGGCGCGCUCGCAGCAGCGCCGGUCGUUCGCGCCGGAGGACGCGCGCGAGAUGCCGACGCACCUGAUCGAGGUGGUGGCGCGCGCGCAGACGACGGGCUGGGGGCAGGUCUCGCGGCAGGAGCAGCUCGCGGCGGAGGCUGCGGAGCGGGCGCGGAAACAGGCCAAGUUGGAGCGGCAGCGGCAGCAGAAGCUGCUGCUGGACCGGCAGAUGGAGGAGCAGAGCGAGGAGGCGCGGCGGGAGGCGGAGCGGCAGCGGGCGGAGGCGGCGGAGCUCGAGCGCAAGCUGCAGGCGGUGCGGGAGGCGGAGGAGGGGGAGUAUAGGCAGAAGCUGGCCAAGAUGGAGCGGACGCGGGGGCUCUUCGAGGAGCAGCUGCAGGAGCGGCGGCGGAUCGAGGCGGAGGCGAACGAGCGGGAGAUGUUCGACGGGUGGCUGGAGCACCAGGAGGCGCUGCGGCAGAUCGCGGAGGACGCGGAGGCGAAGCGGUUGCGCAAGGUCGCCGCGCAGGCCGAGAUGGAACAAACGCUGGCGGAGAACGCAGUGCGCUUGGAGGCGCGCAGGAAGGAGGAGGCGCGCGCGCGGGAGGAGGACGCGCGGCUGAACAAGGAGCACGCGAAGGUGCUCGCGGAGCGCGAGGCGCGGCAGCGCGCGGAGGUGGAGGCGCGCAAGAAGAAGGUUGAAGACGCGCUCGCGCGCGGAGGGGCGCAGCAGCUCGCGGCGUCGAUGGAGGAGCGCGCGCGCGAGGACGCGGAGCGCGCCGCGGCGGAGCAGGCAGCGUACCAGCGGCGACAGGAUGUGGACCGUGCCAAGCGGCGCCGCGACGAGCUGCGGCGCACCGCGGAGCAGCUGAACGCGCUGGACCGCAUGAUGGACCUGCAGCAGCGCGAGCGCGAGCGCGAGCGCCGCGAGAAGGCUGAGCUCGGUGCCAAGGAGCGCAGGGAGGCGGCAGAGCGCCGGCGGCGGGAGAAGGACGCGCGGCGGGAGAGGCGGCAGGCGCAGGCGGCGGACAUCGAGCGGCAGAAGGCGGCGAUGCGGGAGGAGGCGAUGCGGCGGUUCGUGGACGCCAGCGACAUGAUGACGCCGCUGGAGAUGAAGAUCCACAAGAAGGUCAUCACCGGCCAGAGCCGCGCGCUGUUUUGA